AAAAAAAGAAAUAUUACUAUUCGAACCAGAGGAAGGACACUCUUAUCUUCUUCUUCUUCCUGGAAUUCCCGCAAAAGCAAGAAAGAAGACGCUAUAGUAACCGCGGAAAGAAAGCUUUCAAAAGAAGUGUCGGCUUUGUGUUUGAGUAAAUGUCUGAAUGGCUCUGCUAAAGCCUUAUCCUCUUCAACACUCUCUUCGCCGCAUGGCUUCUCGCUUUCUUCUUCACUCUCACUACCAUACCCAUACUCUUUCCUUUUCCUCUAUCUCUCUUUCUCGCCCCUCUAUUGUCCUUAACCCCAGGGUGAUUAAUAAGCUGAGGAGACUAUCAGAUGCGAUUUUGAUUAGAAACAUGGUGUCUCCAAGAGCUUUUAUGUCAUCAAGCACUGCUACAGAGGCUUUUCAAGAAAAUACAAAGUCCAAAGCUUAUGGUUCUGAGCAAAUUCAGGUAUUGGAAGGUUUGGAUCCAGUCAGAAAAAGGCCAGGAAUGUACAUUGGAAGCACCGGACCUCGUGGUCUCCACCAUUUGGUUUACGAAAUAUUGGAUAAUGCCGUUGAUGAGGCACAAGCAGGAUUUGCAACAAAGAUAGAUGUGGUCCUUCAUGCGGAUAACUCCGUGAGCAUUGCUGACAACGGUCGAGGGAUUCCGACAGAGUUGCAUCCAGUGACAAAGAAAUCUUCUCUGGAGACAGUUUUGACGGUUUUGCAUGCAGGUGGUAAAUUUGGAGGCUCAAGUAGUGGCUAUAAUGUGUCUGGUGGAUUACAUGGUGUGGGCCUGUCAGUUGUUAAUGCAUUGUCACAGGCCCUUGAAGUUACCAUAUGGCGUGAUGGUAAAGAAUACCAACAGAAAUAUUCACGUGGGAAGCCAAUAACAACUUUGAUAUGUCAUGACCUCCCGGUGGAAAUGAGGGAUCGACAAGGGACUGCCAUUCGGUUUUGGCCUGAUAAAGAAGUAUUCACAGCUGAAAUACAAUUUGACUAUAACACCAUAGCUGGGAGAAUUAGGGAGCUUGCUUUCCUCAAUCCCGAGCUAACAAUUGCUCUCAAGAAGGAAGACGUAGAUCCAGAGAAGAUCCAAUGCAACGAGUACUUUUAUGCUGGAGGAUUGGUUGAAUACGUGAAAUGGCUGAAUGCAGACAAAAAACCACUUCAUGAUGUGCUGGGAUUCAGAAAAGAAGCUGAUGGAAUCACGAUUGAUAUGGCUCUUCAAUGGUGCUCAGAUGCUUAUUCAGACACGAUGCUAGGUUAUGCAAACAGCAUACGGACGAUUGAUGGUGGCACUCACAUAGAUGGUGUGAAAGCUGCCCUAACAAGAACUCUCAACAAUCUGGGGAAAAAGUCAAAGACAAUCAAGGAGAAGGACAUAAGCUUAAGUGGCGAGCAUGUAAGAGAAGGAUUAACCUGUGUUAUUUCUGUUAAAGUUCCGAAUCCAGAAUUUGAAGGACAAACUAAGACUAGGUUGGGAAAUCCUGAGGUUAAAAAGGUGAUCGAUCAGUCAAUUCAAGAGUAUCUGACUGAGUAUCUGGAAUUGCAUCCAGAUGUGCUAGAUUCAAUUCUUUCCAAGUCACUAAAUGCACUAAAGGCGGCUCUUGCAGCAAAGAGGGCUCGAGAGUUGGUGAGACAGAAAAGUGUCUUAAAAUCAUCCUCUCUUCCGGGGAAGCUUGCUGAUUGUUCAGCCACAAAUCCUGAAGAAGCUGGUAACUUACCUUAUUAUGGAUUUUAA